GCUUUGUUUGGUUAGGGCUCAAGCUCGAACCUUGAAGGGCCUAAAAACGGUGCGCUUUUCCCCCAUUUUUUAAAGUUGGAAAACUAGAACCCACGAAGCAGCUCGCAAGGGGUUUUCCUUCAGAAAUCAGAAUCCAUUUUUUCCCUCUAUUUUCUUUGGAGAUAAGGAGCGAAACUUCUGAUUUCUGGAAGAUUAAGGAUGCCAUCCGAGGAUUCAAAAUCAGUGAGAAAAGAGGAACCUGAAGAUGAUGAAUCGGACAUGAGAAGCUUGAGUUCGAUGCUGGAGAACCGUAGGAAGAAACCCUCGAGUAAUAAUAAUAAUGCUGUUGUUUCUAAUUCGAAAUUUCGUCCCAAAGAAGGCAAAGCGAAGAAAGAAGAGCCCAGAGAUGAUGAUGAUGAACAUCAUAAAAAUGAAGAUUUUAAAGUACCCAUUAAGGAUUCUUCAUCUGGGUCACGACCCAAAGCAACCAAGCUCAAAAAGGAAGAGAGUGAUGCUGCUGAUGAAAAACCCUUCUCCAAAAGAAGCUCCGCUACUAAACCAGAUAAGGAAAAGGAGCAGAAGAAAAAGAAGAAAAAGGGGGAAGAGAAGAAAGUGGCAGCUGGGAACGAAGGGAAGCGGGAGAGGAAGGUUUAUAAUUUGCCUGGUCAGAAGAGAGAUCCUCCAGAGGAGAGGGAUCCACUGAGGAUUUUUUAUGAGACAAUGUAUAAGCAAAUUCCCCAUAGCGAAAUGGCACAAUUCUGGAUGAUGGAGUCUGGUCUGCUCCCAUUAGAGGAAGCAAAGAAAGUCUUUGAGAAGAAACAAAAUAGGAAUCAGCAGCAAAAGCUGAGUUCCCCAAUGAAGGCUGCCUCAGCUGUAAAGAGUAGCACAAAAUCUGUCACUGUUAAGAAAACUCCUCCAAUCUCCACUGUUUCUUCAAAGCAGACAAAGAAACGGAAGGCUGAAGAAAGCUCUGAUGAUGACUUUGAGGAUGUUCUGGCCAGUAAAAUGAAGAAACAGAGAGCAAAAUAAAUAUAUGUUCUUCAAUGUAACUGAUAAGUUCUAGUUUCUUCUGUUUCAGUACCUAACUCAUUACAUCUUUAUUUGAUUUGCUGUGCCAAUACUAAUUCAAUCCUGGCCUGAUUGAACUGAUGUUAAACGAUUGUUGCAUUAUUAAGUAAACAUUCAAUUGACGAGUGGAAUUGUUCAGAA